AUGGAGAAAACAGAAUUUCAAAAUCGCGAACAAAUAUUUGAGUCUUCCGCGCCCGCGGAACAUGCACGUGAUCGAGGUACUCCGGCACUAGUCCGCUUUGAGAUAGCUCCCAGCUUUGGAGGAAGGCUCCGCUCCGCUCCGUCACUUCAACAUGGCAAGGGUCGGGAUCAAUUUUUGUCGGGACCGUGGAAUUGCUGCAAUGGAAUUGAACUCGCAAUGACCCGACUAUCAAUUGCGGCGAGAUUUACUUGGAGAAGAAAACCCCGAGUUCUCAAUCCAUCUUCCGUAUGGGCAAAAAAUGUACCAUGCCUAGCCAACACCACCAUCACCAGUCUGCAGCGCAGAUGCUUCCAUCAUAAUGUUCCUAGCUUUGCGCCCGAGGGGCAGCUGGAGGCGACGAAAGAAAUGGAGAGACCCAAGUUCUGGGAGGAAUACAAAGGCACUUGUGUGUAUGGGUCGCGAUACUUCUGGCCUGCUCUAACUUCUUCUUAGACCAUGUCACACCUCCAGACUUCCCUUUCGAAAACCAAAUCCCUCUUGCUCUCCUCGGCCAGGAAAUAACCACGGUUGGACAUUUGUCGAGACUAGUACAAGGAGGCCCGGAACUUUUUUUUGCAACCAUCAGCAAAGGAGCCGGCCCAGAAAGCAUCCAAUGUGUUUUGCGCGAUCUCGAAUCAAAUAAAAAAUUGCACUCGAUUCGUUUCAAUAGUGCGAUAAGUGUCACAGGAACCUUGCAGCAAAGACACUUGCCGAAGAACAGGCGCCUUCUAGACCCAGUGCCAGUGGCAAGGAAAGGUUAUGGCUUUCUGAACGAGGUCGAAAUAGUGGUGAAGAAUAUAACAUGUCUAAAUUCUUUCGGAGAGGCAAUACCCUCUAGUAUAAAUCAUGUAUAUCCGGCAACAGCCAGGCAUUUACAAAUUCGAUUUGAUCAAAAACUCCGGGAUUCUCUUCUUUUCAGGUCAGAAGUGACCAAGUUUGCUAGACUAGAACUGGGCGACUUCCAUGAAAUCGAGACUCCAAUUCUGUUCAAGUCUACACCAGAAGGAGCCCGUGAAUUUCUUGUACCUACUAGGAGGCCGGGCUUCACUUAUGCCCUACCCCAGAGUCCUCAGCAAUAUAAACAGAUGUUGAUGGCGAGUGGCAUUAAUAGAUAUGUUCAAUUUGCUCGAUGCUUUCGUGACGAGGAUUUACGAGCCGAUAGACAACCUGAAUUUACACAGGUAUUGUCUUCUUGGUUAAUCAGAUUGCUUGUGACUAAUGAUGUGAUAGAUUGAUCUUGAAAUGGCAUGGACAGAUGGUGAGGGUGUAAUGCAAAGAGUUGAAAGGUUCAUCAAAAGUUUAUAUGGUCGAUUUGCCGAACCUGAGACUAUUCUACCCCCAUUAUCUGAGGAUCCUUUUCUACGAAUGACAUACGAUGAAGCAAUGUCCAAGCAUGGCUCUGAUAAACCAGAUCUUCGCAUACCGGGUUUGGUGAGUCGAACAUCAAUUAUUGCAAUACAAGACUAACCAUCUUAGAUCCACCGCGUCGAUCAUCUGGUCCCAGCACAACUUCGCAGCAUGAUCACUCCUCUCGAAGAUCCAAUAAUAGAAGCUUACAAGAUCAAUCUUGACGAAACACCAACCCCCAUCAAAACAUUCCUCAAGAAGUUUUUUGCCAGCACAGAAAGAGAAACCUUUGCAAAGAACCCUGAUGGUGGACCUGGUAUAUUCGUUCACGAUCCUUCCAAGGUGCCACUUGAAGGUCUCCAAGCAUUUGGUUUCGAGGGUGCCGAAGCUAUCAAACAGUUUUACGAAACUCUAUCUCUCUCACCAACAACACCAAGUAACCCCCACGCCGAAACACCUUUCGGUGACGGUGACCUUCUCCUCCUCCAAGCUCGUCCCAACCUCCCUCACACCGGCGGUUCGACAGCCCUAGGAAACCUCCGACGUGCAAUCUACAAAGCCGCAAUAGCAGCAAAGCUCAUCUACGAUAACCCCAUCCAUCAGUACCUCUGGGUGACGGAUUUUCCCAUGUUCACCCCAGAAAACAGCGUAGAUCCCGGACAAGAAGGAAGUGCAGGAUUCUCAACUACACAUCAUCCUUUUACGGCUCCUAAGACGGCGGAGGAUGUCGAUUUACUCCUGACGGACCCGUUAAAGGCGAAGGCCGAUCAUUAUGAUCUUGUGGUUAAUGGGGUGGAGCUUGGUGGGGGAAGUAAGAGGAUUCAUAAUAAGGAGAUGCAGGAAUUUGUUAUGAGGGAUGUUUUGAAGGUAUGUCUUUCUCCCUUGUCCCUUUCAUUUCUUUCUCUCUAUCUUCUCCCAAUCUAUUUCGUAAACUAACACAACCCCAGAUGUCCCCCCAAAGAAUCCAAGACUUCUCCCACCUCCUCCAAGCCCUCGACGCAGGCUGUCCUCCUCACGCCGGUCUCGCAAUCGGCCUCGAUCGCCUGAUUGCCGUGAUGCGUGGUGUGGACUCGGUCCGGGACGUCAUUGCGUUCCCGAAAAAUAGUAAGGGUAAUGACUUGACGGUGGGAAGUCCGAGGAAGGUGGGUGGGCAGGAGUUGGGCAGGUAUGGGUUGUGUGUUGCUGAAGGUAGGAGAGGUAAGAAUGUGGUGGUGGAGAGAGUUGAGCGAGAAGGAGAGGGGGAUGGGCAUGGGGACGCGGAGGCGAUGGUGGAAAGACCGCUCUCGGAACCUGAGGGGUUGUGGAGGUGAGGGGAUGUGUUGGGUUGUUUUGGUG